CAAGCUGGCUCAGAGAGGUGUAACAUCUCCCUGCAUCCAUUUCAGUGAAUCUGGCACACAAAGCCUAUUUUCAGAAUGUCAGAGUUGACAUGUUUGUCUGCCACAAGGUUAGUGCUCAGUCCUUCUUUAGGAUGCCUAAAUGAUCAUCACUACAGACCUUGUAAAAUCAGGCACUGCUGGAACAUGCAUGCCUAGCAGCCAGUCUGACAAGAUACAUAGCAAUGAGCACUAGACCAAGAGCAAGGCAUUAGCAUGUUUCUCUGGCUUCCCUUCAGUCAAUUCACAUGGAUGUAGAGUCUAACUGCAAAGGAGUCUGUAAUCCCCAGAUAUUUGAGAAAGUGAGUUGGAGAUAAAUGGGCUAUUGAUUUUUUUUUCUUUCUCUUGCUCACUGUCAAAGAUUCAGUCGGUCCGUGACAGCAGCAUUGGUAGUCUCAGAUCUGCUUGCAUAUCUAGGAAACUUCUCUAGAUGAGUUCCUACAGAAUAUUUUCAAUAUUCUGUGACUUUCAGAUCUGUCAGUUUUGCACAGCUCAUUUUGAGUGACAUGGCAGGGUGAAGAGUGAAUCAAAAUUAUUAGGAUUCUUCCAGUGAUGUGGAGGAUUCAUGGUAACUAUUGGUGCAGAGGUUUCAUUCGAUCUCUGGGUGACAUUUUAGUAUUUCAUAGCUUUUUGGAAUGGUUGUGCAAUAAUAACCAGCUAACUUAAAAGGAUACCUUCAGACCUAUUAAUAAAAUCACACCAAGAACAUCCCUUGAACACCAAAUAGAGUCAGAUAUAGAGAUGCUGUAGUUUAAUACUGUAUUUAGAAUUAAUUAGUGGGAUGGUUUGAGUAUUACCUCUGGAGAGCAGUUGACUAAAAUGUCUAUAAUAUUUUUUUACAUUGCUGUUUCUACAGAGUGUUUUCACCAAAUGUGAUGUAUGUAAUCUUCACAAGCACAGCUCUACAAUGCCAUAGUUACAAAGAAAAAUCUUGAGGUCCUGGCUGUGGAAAACCUCAGUGCAGUAAAGUGUGAGCACAACCAGAGUAAGGACAUAAGGAUUUAAGCACAUAGUAAAUAUCAUGGGACAAUUGUGGUAGGUAUUGUUAAUUUAGUAACUAAAGCACAGUGAUGUCAUUGCUGAUAUCAAUAGCAUCCAAGGCCACUGCAUUAGAGCCCAGUAAACUCACUGGAAAGACUCUCAUGGACUUUAUUGGACCUUAAAUGAAUGUCACUGUUGUCAUCUGUUUGUAAGACUUAUAAAAUACAAAACAAAAAAGAUAAAAUGAAUCUUUAAACCCAUUAUUUCAUCAAUUCUCUCUGUCCCCAUGUUUAUUAGCCACAAACUUCAUUCAUUGGAGCAUACAUGGGUUCAGAAUUGUGAAUCUCUACAAAGAAGGGAAGACCAAAAGAGAAAAUAUUCUUGAAUGACAGGUUCUAAAUAAUUGGAAAAUAUUUACAACUUUGUUUAAUAUAGUAAAACAGCCUCUCACUUGCUUUUUUCCUCUUGGAUCUAACAAGCCUCUUCCUUUCUGCCUUUAUCUUUUGUAUUCAUGCUGGUCCUCUAGCUAGGAAAGAAACUGAGUGGAUUAGUAUACAAAGGCUGAAGCCUGUGUCACAAAGGGAAUAAUUCACUAAUAAGUGCUCAGCAGAAACAGUUUAUUUUUUAAAAACACAAAAGUACCUUCCUAUAACCCACAUAACGUUGUUGGGAUCACAAAGCUGUCCUGAACUGGGCUCUUUUUACAGUGAGGCAGUAGUGUACUACCUCUGUGCUACCAAGACUGUAAGGCCUUGACUAGCUACACGUAUAAGUUGUACCACUUUCCAGUAUAAUUAAAGCAGCACAACACUCUAGUGUGGACAUAGUUAUACUGGUAUAACUAGGUUUAUACUGGUAUAGCUUAUUCCUGUACAGGAAGGGGAAUAAGUUAUACUGAUAUAACAUUGUUAUUUCAGUAUAACUGCAUCCACACUAGGGCUUAUACAGGUAUAACUCUUUCAGUAAAAAAAAUCACACCCAUAACUGAAAUAACAGUACACCUGUACAAAAGCUGUGUGUAGACCAGGACUCAAGCUCAGGACAACCCCUGUUUCUGCAUCCAUGCUGCUGUUCCUCCCCACCUGGAGCCACAGGGCUCUUAUAGCAGUGUAUGUGGAAUUUUGCAUUUGUGUGUGAUGAAUUAAUGGCGAUAUUAUAUAUUUACUAUGGUGAAAUCAGACAAAGCAUUAAGGGCCAGAUUACGUGUAGUCCUUACACUGGCCUGCAGGGGUGCAAGGGGAACCACAAAGGGCCUCCCUCAAUAACCAUCAGAGCACCUUGAGAAACAGAUUGUGCCUUAGAUGGGAAACAAUUUGUCCUAUGAUGCUGCUAGGGGCACGGGUUUCACACUGCCCCCUAUACAGGGCUGUGGCACAAAUGCCCUGCUCUAACCAUAAAUUGUUCAGCCUUUCCCCUGCCCCACCCCUGAACACCCUAAAAAAAAAAAGAGGAAACUAGGGAAAAAACAGUAUUUAAAUCAAUUGACACACCAUUUUAAAACUAGUGUUGUUUUCUUUCAGGAAGGAAAAUAAGAACCAUUAUGCUUUACAGAGUGUUUUUCCCCUCAAAUAAAGCAGCUACUUUAUUAAGGGCAGCUUUUGUACAUGACUUGAAAACAGCUACGGAUUCUAGAAAAAAAGAAAUGCUAGAAAUAAGUUUAAAAAAAAGCAACAGCUAUGUUGAUGGCCAGAUGCCACUGCCAUCAGGUUAUUUUUAUAUAAUAAAUGUAGCCCAGAAUUACUCUCACACAUUGUUCUUUAGAAGUCUUCUAAUUAAGGAGUUUUCUUGAAGGUCACAAACGGUAAUCAGAUUGGCUGAGGAAUGCUAUUUGGCAUCAAAAAAGCCAGAUUACUGACAGCAAUCUUUACAGUAAAAAGAGAAAUACUGGUAUAUUUAUGGCUUUAAUUUUAGCAAAAGUACGGGAAUGUCCUGUGAUUUUUUAUUUAUUUCUUGAACUACUUUUGAAUGUUAAUAUUCUCCUGAAGACAGUUUCAGACAGAUUGCUAGGCUGCCGCUCUACUCAGUGAAGCAGAAUCUACUGAAGAGUUGCUGAGGCAGAACUGAAAUCAUGGCUCGCCUCAAAGAAAUGACAGUAUUGUCAACUAACUAAUACUUCUAACACACAAACAGCAUUCUUGUAUAACAUUGUUUUUUAUGUAAAAGUCUAAGCCUUUUAAAGGCAGCUCUAGUGCUUUUAGGUGUUCAUCCAGUUUCUCUGCAGUCCCUGCUACUUUGCACUUACAUUGCGAACAAGGUAAAGAAGAAUGGAAACUAAAGAUACCUGUAACUACCCGUAACAGCUGCAGAAGGAAAUGGGUCGGGUUUUCUCUCUACUAGAUGAAGAUAACACAAGUACAUCUAAGUGACUUCUACCAUGGCCUCAGCAAAUUGAUGAUUAAAAGAAGGAAACUGUGGGAUUACUUCUUUCAGCUUCCCUGGACAAUGGAAGGAGAGCCAAUCACCUCUACUUUGUUGCCUCCUGGGAAUGUUCCACAAGACACUAGCUUGACCCUGGAGCAGAAGACUACAUUUGUCUUUGUGAUCUUAUUAUUUAUUUUCUUAGGCAUUCUCAUUGUCCGAUGCUUCCGAAUUCUCUUAGAUCCCUACAGGAGUAUGCCCACCUCCACCUGGGCUGACGGCCUUGAUGGGCUAGAGAAAGGCCAGUUUGAUUAUGCCCUGGCUUAGACUGACAACUCAGAAAUAUUAUUUAGAGGAGUAUGUUUUUUUAAAAAAACCCUGGAAUGUAGAUUUAUUUUCCCCCAAUUUUCUCAGACAUUAUAAAAGCCUUGCAUGACUGCACAAAAUAUUAAUCUGUUUUUAAAUAAACAUCAAAGCGAGUUAAACAUUUGAAGGUAGAAUCUGGUGAUUCUCCUAAUGGAGGGAAAAAAUAAAGCUAUAACUGUGCUUCAAAACAUUCAAAACAUAUUGGAACAAUAUAUAACAUAGAUGGUAUCUUAUGACUCAGAAUAAUACUUUGAUUUGUAGUUGCUGAAGAAAGCCUUAUUGUUUGAAAGUAGCUUUUUUACAAGCAUCAGGAGAUUUACAGGUUGGGUAGGAGUGUUUUUUUAUGAGUUGUAUGUGGCAAUUAAA